AUGAAGCUCUUGGUCGCGAUUGCAGCGCUGGGCGCGAUGCUCUUCGCGUCCCCCGCCGUCGCGUACGACCCGCACCGCGUUGGCGAUCUUCCUGGUCUCAAGCAGGCGGACGUCCCCUUCGCGCACUUCGCCGGCCAGCUGCACCUGCCCACGCCGAACGAGGAGAAGCUCUUCUACUGGUAUGCGCAGUCACGCCGCUCGCCCGACAGCGACCCCAUCGUGCUCUGGCUCAACGGCGGCCCGGGUUGCGCCUCGUCCGAGGGCUUUUUCACCGAGAACGGGCCGUUCGUCGCCAAGCGCGACGGCACCGUGGGCAUCAACCCGUACGGCUGGAACGCGCGCGCCAACAUUGUGUGGGUGGACUCGCCCUCGGGCGUCGGCUUCAGCCAGCCGCUGCAGGCUCCGACCGGAUACUACAACGACGACGUCGUGGCGGACCGCCUUCGUCUGUUCCUGCGCGAGUUCUUCGCCAAGUACCCGGAGCUGCAGGGCCGCGACUUCUACGUGACGGGCGAGAGCUACGCCGGCAUGUACAUCCCGUUCCUGGUGGAGCGACUGGUGGACGACCCGCUGGACGGCGUGAACCUCAAGGGAUUCGCCAUUGGCAACCCGCUCACGGACAUGGGCAUCGACGGCAACGCGUACAUGGACUACUACUACUCGCACGCGCUCAUCUCGCGCGGAGACUACUUCACGCUGCUGGACUACUGCGACCAUAACGUCGCGCAGUGCAUGUUCACGGACGCCAACUGCACCGAGCACUGCGAGGAGGCCGUUCUGAAGGCCCACGAAGCUGCGGACACGGGAGAAUUCAAUCACUACUACAUCUACGGCGACGUAUGCCACAUGAAGAACAACCAGCGCAAUGCGCUGCACGAGCACCUGCUGGACAAGGUCGGCCCGAAGAUUCAGACCCACCGCGGAGCUGUUGGCCCUUGCGCUGGUGACUUCACUGAGGCUCUUCUGAACAAGCUGGAGGUACAGCAGGCGCUGCACAUUGAAGGCGAGCUGCCCAUGAAGUGGGUGGAUUGCCAGUCCUUCAUCUCGCGCAACUACGUCCGUACCUACUCUUCGCUGGACAAGUACCGCAAGCUGCUCGGCAACGACCUCGAGGUUCUCAUCUACAGUGGAGACGCCGACUCGGUCGUGAACUUCAUUGGCACGCAGCGCUGGAUCACGGAAGACAACGGACUGGCGCUCAAGCCUGCGUCUCCGUGGCGCGCGUGGCUCGGCCCGGACAAUCAGAUUGCCGGCUACCACCAGCGUUUCGAGCUUGGACUCACCUUCAAGACUGUCAAGGGCGCAGGCCACAUGGUGCCGGCUGUGCGUCCGCUCCACGGCCUCCACCUCUUUGACUGUUUCCUAUUCGGCGACGACAAGUGCACGGCCAUCUCGUACCCGACGGAUCCGUUCGAGCGCGAGGCGGCUGGAGGUGUCGUGGAGCCUCGGAGUACCAAGGCGCCCGGCGCAAUUGACGAAGACGACCACCGCGACGCGGACUUGGCCCAGCAGACCAGCGCCACCGUCUCGCAGGCGAGCACCCCGACUGAAGCCGCGUCUGGCGCUACCGUGUCGCUCUUCGUUGGCUGCGCCUUCCUCAUGCUGGCGGCCACAGUCUACGUGCAUCGUCGCCGUCGCCAGAACGGCGAGCAUCGUCAGCUUUACCAGCCCAUCUAG